CUCGGGUCCAGUUCGCAGAGUGGCGUGGUCGAGUAACAACGUGUGAGUGUAGUGCAGUGUGGUGCGAUAUAAUUUUUGAAAGAACACAAUGGACCAUUGAUUUUUGAAGAAAAAUAGUGAAUUUGUAAAGUGCUUCAAAAUGGAUGUCAAAUCUCAUCUCCUGUUAGUGGCUGGCGUGUUUUUGAGCGCUAUUUUCUGGUGUGAAGGCGCAAGAGACGCAUCAUGUCCACGAAUUUGUGGGCCAGCACUUCAAGGUGAACCGGUUUGUGCGACCGACGGAUACAUAUAUCCAUCGUUGUGUGAGAUGAGGAAGAAGACUUGUGGAAAAGGAGUAAGACUGGCCCCAGAUCAAGGCUCCUGUUCAAGAGCCCAAGGGUCUAAAUGCGAGCACCGCUGCACUUCAGAAAGAGACCCUGUGUGUGGAACUAAUGGUCGCACGUACCUGAACAGGUGUAUGCUGCAAGUAGAAAUUUGCAGAGUUGGCAUCGGUCUCUCUCAUUUGGGUGCGUGCAACAAUAUAAGUGCACAUCGUGAAAACUGCCCCGUCGAUUGUUCCCAAGCCCCACUCGAUGGUCCCAUUUGUGGAUCAGAUGGGAACGUCUACAAGAAUACCUGUCAGAUGAAGUUGUUUACUUGUGGGCAAGGCGUCGUCCGGACUAAUAAGAAGCAUUGUCAAACGACGCGCCACUGCCGAGAGUCCUGUUGGCGUGUUGCCAGACCGACCUGUGGGUCGGACGGCGUAUUGUAUGCCAACGCAUGCAGAAUGAAGGCGACGAACUGUGGUAAGCACGUGUUCGAAGUGCCCAUGGCGUUCUGUGUGUCCCAAGAGCGGACCUCUGGCGGCGAAUACUGUCCCACCGACUGCUCCGAUCAGAAAGAGAAGCUGGUGUGCGGCUCCGACGAGAGCAUCUACAGGAAUGAGUGUGAGAUGAAGAUGCUUAAUUGUGGCGUGAACAGCAGAAAAAUAGUAAAGAAGGUAGACAUGGAGAAAUGCAAGUCGAAGAUGAGCAAGUGUCUCAAAGUGAAGUGUCCAAGCGAAGGUGAUCCGGUUUGUGGAACUGAUGCGAACGUCUACUACAACCCUUGUCAACUUAAAGUCGCUACUUGCCUGAAAGGAGUCCAGUUAGCACACUUCGGUAACUGCACUCUUCUGCCGCGGCUUGAGACUGAUUGUCCAGAAAAUUGUGACAACGUAGUCGAACAACCUGUGUGUGGGUCAGACGGAAAUGUUUACAAGUCACAAUGUGAACUCCGCCGUCUCACAUGUGGCCAACAUGUGGUCGCCGUUUCGGCGUCUCACUGUCGCACCACAGCACUUUGCCACGAAGACUGCCCAGAUACACCAUCCUUCGUGUGCGGAUCCGAUAACCGGUUCUAUAAGAACGAGUGUAUUAUGAAGAAGGAGAAUUGUGGAAAACACGUUUAUGUCGUGCCAUUGAAGCGCUGCCUCUCUCGGUUCAAAUACGCUGGUUGCGCUCGUGUCUGCCCACCGGAAUACGAUCCUGUCUGUGGGACUGAUAACAAGACUUACUCCAAUAAAUGCUUCUUGGAGAUGGAGAACUGCCGAUCAAGGAGUUUCAUGCAGCUAAAACAUCUAGGAACGUGCACAGAGCCAAUCGCUGAGGAGCCGAAAAACUAUUUGUAUCGAUAAUUCAGUGUUCAUAAUCGCUUAUGGUAACACCAUUUUCAAUUAGUGCCAAUUCUUUUAGGAAUGAUUUUUAUGCUAUAGCUUAGUUAUUUGCAUCUGGCAACUUUAUUUCAUAUUAAAAGUAUUUUCGUGGGAAAAUUUAGUAAAAAUAACCCGAUUGGGAAAAUCUGGAUAUCAACAUUAAAAAUUAAGACAUAAAAUGAAACUUACACCUUUUUAGUAUUGGUUAAAAAACUUUAGGACAACUUUCAUAUUCUUUCUUAUGUAAACGUAGUUUAGAGGGAAAAACUUAAUGAAAAUAACCUUUUAACUGGGAAACCCAAGGAAUCCAAACUUUACAAAAAACACACAAAUACCGAAAUAUCUGACAGAAGCAAGUUUUCCCUUUUUUGUAUCGGUUAGCAAGCACACUAAGAAUAAAGUAUAAUUAAACAAAAGAAAGACGAAACAAUUUCCAGGUUAAAUUAAAAACGUUCGAGCGUGAACUCCAUCGUACUUGCUAUCGAAACGAUAACGUUUCUUCGGAUUGUAUUGUGAUGUACUGUUUAGAAGAUAUCUUGUAACAGUCUGUUACAUAAACAAGAUAUUUGACAAAUAGAUAAAGCAUGCCAGUUGCUUUAUAUUCAUCGUCUUCCAUUCGUUUUUAUUAUUAAGUACAAAAUUAUAAUCUCUCUGUUAUUCUCUACGUAAGUUCUAGUUAGCUUAUUCAAAUAUCGUCGCAUUAUUAAAAGUUUUUUCUUAAAAAAACUUAGCCCAUUUCUAUAAGCUUUUUCGACACAAAGCUUAAAGAAACUUAGUUUUUUGGAAAUAAUUGAUUAAGCUGGCCGUUGGCAUAUAGAUUAAGAUUUCUGACUGUUUAUUUAUUGUUCUUAUUUAUUAUGUAAUUUGUAAAUACUUUUAGGAUUAAAUACAUACCAGACAACAUAACUGCUUAUACGAAUAAUGUAUUUGUCUGGUCCGUUAUAAAUAAUGAUUGGCAUGGGUUUUGAGACCAAAUGCGGUUCGUUAUUUAUAACCAAAUCUGCACGGUUGCAUUUAAUAAACGCAUGUUUCUAUGUAUAACUUUAGCAAAUUCUAAUAGUUUUAGUCUGUGUACCGAUGUUUUAUAGACAAAUAAAAUGUUUAAAUAAA